AUGUGUCAGCCACCUGGAUAUCAUGCAAUACAACAUCCGCAAGAAGUUGGUCCUGCAGUUCCUCCUCAUCCAAUGCAGAGACCCCCACCAGUGAACAACAACAGUCCUUUGCUAGUUAACUUGUUGAGUUCACAACAGCAAACAAGCAUGGUUGGUGGGCCAUCUGGUGCGAAUGUGCCACCUCACCAUCAGUCAUAUUCUCCGGCAGGAUCAUAUAUGUAUCCAGGCAAUGCUCAGCCUCAUCAGCAUCCUCAUCCAUCGAACGUUCCACAGUCCGCUGGCCCACCUGUUAUGGACCCUCAACAGCAUAUGGCAAUGCAGCAACAGCAACGUCAAAGGAUGAUGAUGCAACAACAACAAGCCCACGCUGCAGCUGUAGCGGCUGCCCAAGCUCAACAACAUCCUGGACAGGUACAAGGGCAAGCAGCACAAGUCCCUCUCGCAUCUGGAGGUUUCUACAAUUCUCCUGCACCUGUUCAAUCAACUCCACCUCAGCAGAGACCAGCAGUGGGAUAUGCCACCACGCAAAGCCCUAUGUUUGCUGGACAGCCACAGUUGCCUCAACAAGUCCCUGUAAAUAUUCAACAACAACGCAUUCAAAGUUAUCCUGCUCACUUAAAGUCAAAUAGUUUGCCGAUUUCGUCUCCUGUUGCAUCUGCGCAGUUUCGUGGACCUCCUGUUGAGGAAACUGUUCAGCCUCCUCCUCCUAAAAAAAAGAGGAAGCCAACCAAAAAACAACAACAAAAGGAAGCUGAAUUGGCCGCCGCUGCUCAGCAACAACAAAAUGCAGCGGUUCAAGCUCAGCAACAGCAACAGUUUUACACCGAACGCAUGAUGCAUCCUGCUGCUAUGGCGCCCAGCGGGAUGCAAAUCAUGGCUCAUUCUGCGUAUCCACCUAGCACGGCUUUUCCGGCAAAUCCAGGAGGAAUAUCUGGUGUACCCGCGCAAUACCCUGGAUAUCCUCAAGGUUCUGGUCAACAACAAAUUCAACAACAGCAGCACCAACAACAACAACAGCAACAACAACAUAUUUGGCAUCACCAGAUGCAGCAACGAAUGAUGUAUCAGCAGCAACAUGUUCAAGCGCCUGGACCUAAUUCAGCACACGGUGGGCAGUCGUGGCCUGCGCAACGUGGUCCUCCUGUCCCAUAUCCGACGCCACUGGAUGGAAUGCACAGUGGUCCUGACUCAGUGCACCCCACUGUUUCUCAACGAACAUCCGGUUCAGGAGAGUUUUCCCGUGAUGGUGCAUCACCGGCAACGCCACAUCAGUUCAAUCCUGGUAGUCAUCAAGGGAUGGUGAUGCGCCAUAGUAGUACACCUAUGUCCCGAGCAGACUCGCAAGGAAGCAUGUUCGGUAAUUCUUCGUAUGGAAGUCAACAACCUCAAACCGGUGGUCAGCAAAGUGUUGAAGACGUUGAACAUCCUGUAGAUAAAUUGUUCACGGGACAAGAUGACCAUUGGAAUUCACAAGGUAGUGAUGGUCUCGGAACUCUUUGUCCUCAUAUAACAGAAUCACCAUCUAUCGAUCCGCCACAUUGUGGACCAUCUUCGGCAUCAAAUGGAGACCGUAUAGACUCAUCAAUUGCGUCUGUGGUAGAAAUGGUCUCAAAGAGUGGCGCGCCUCCGUCCGUUUGUGUUGCUCCUGCUAUAUCUCAGACCGGUACACAUGCGGUUGCAUCGGGUCUACCCAACGGUACACGUCGUCCGCAACACCCCGAUUCUGCUGAAGACGAACGAAUCGCUGAGCUGGUUAAAAAGGUUGUGGCGCAAGGUGAGAGCCAAAAGGCAGCUGCUGAACAGAAAGCUAAAAUACCUCGAAAGAAUCGGCGUAAAACUGAUUUAAGUAAAGAGGCAAGUCCACGUGACGAUGAGGAACCCUUUAUUGUUGAUGGUUCACGAAGACGAACAGGGGUGGCAACGAGUCAUGUGCAAGCUGCGGCAUCAAAUUUUCAAGCAACUAUGGCACGUCAGCAACAAAUGAUAAAACAACAGCAGAUUCAGAGAAAUGAUCUCAAUAUGUUGAAUGAAGAGAAAUGA